GUCUUUCUUCCGUAACCGUGCUGAGGAGAAAAAAGUAACAAUGGCGGACACUGCUCCAGCCGCGCGUGGAGGAUUUCGUGGAGGAUUUGGCUCUCGUGGAGGAGGUGACCGUGGAGGUCCAAGGGGUAGAGGUCGCGGAGGUAGAGGAAGAGGCCGUGGACGUGGACGCGGUAAAGAAGACAGCAAGGAAUGGAUUCCAGUCACAAAACUUGGACGUCUUGUCAGAGAUGGAAAAAUUGAAUCCUUGGAGCACAUUUACCUCUUCUCUUUGCCCAUUAAGGAGUAUGAAAUCAUCGACAAGUUCCUUGGACAUGAACUAAAGGAUGAAGUAUUAAAAAUUAUGCCUGUACAGAAACAAACCAGAGCUGGUCAACGUACACGUUUCAAGGCUUUUGUAGCUAUUGGUGACUAUAAGGGUCAUAUUGGUUUGGGUGUAAAGUGUUCCAAGGAAGUAGCCACUGCCAUCCGUGGUGCUAUCAUCUUGGCUAAACUGUCUGUUGUACCAGUACGUCGUGGUUAUUGGGGUAACAAGAUCGGUGAUCCUCACACAGUACCCUGCAAGGUUACUGGCAAGUGUGGAUCUGUUCAGGUGCGUCUGAUCCCAGCACCAAGAGGUACAGGCAUUGUUUCUGCCCCUGUACCUAAAAAACUGCUGCAGAUGGCUGGUAUUGAGGAUUGUUACACAUCUGCAAGAGGAUCCACCUGUACUCUUGGAAAUUUUGCUAAGGCUACUUAUGCAGCUAUAGCCAAGACUUACGCAUAUCUGACACCAGAUCUCUGGCAUGAUCAGGCACUAAGAAAAGCACCAUAUCAAGAAUUCGCUGACUAUCUGUCUAAGAAUCACAAAGUCAUGGGAGGACAAAGACCUGCUGAGGUUGUUUAA